AUUUAACAGGAUGGCUUACGAGUUCGCAAAGUUAUUCUCAAAGUAUUUCUCUCUUAUAUUCAAGAGUUGUCACCCAUACAUUUUUUAGAGAUAUCCAAGUGAUUGGAUAAGAAAAUAUUCCAAAAGUAAUGGCAUCAUAUUAAUUCUUAGGAUGGUCCAAUCCUACUCUAUGGAAAUCAUAACAAUUAAUUCAUUGAUCCAUUAGUAUUAAUUUACCAUAUCCUUAGUUAAUUAUCUCCAACAUGACUAGGAAGAUCAAUUUCAUUGCUGCUGCCAAAGUAUUACUCAUAUCCUAAUAUUAGAGCAUGAAAAAGCCAAUAAUCGGAGACAUUGGUCGAGCUCUAGGUGGAAUCCCAGUCGAAAGACCAUAAGAUUUAGCCAAAAUUGGUAGUGGAAUUUUAAAGAAGUAUGAUGGAACUUAUUUGUUUGCAGAAAAUUCUCAAUUUACCAAACAAUGCCAAAUACAUGAUUCAAUACUUAUACAAGGAGUAAUGUGCAAUAUUAUCCUAGAUUGACACUAUUAUACUGAUUGUUGAAAUUAUUAGUGACACUAAAAUUAAAGUUCAAUGUGAAGAUCCAAGUUAGCUUCGUGUCAAAGAUAACAAAUACAAAAUACAACCAAAAGUAGAUCAAUCAUAGAUGUUUGAACAAGUUUGGCUAGCUUUGAAAUAAGGAAAAUGCAUAGGAAUAUUCCCAGAAGGAGGAUCACAUGACAAUACUACUUUAUUACCCUUAAAGCCAGGAAUCUGCAUUAUGGCUCUAGGAGCUAGUUAAAAAUAUUAAACCAAAGUUAAAUUAUAACCGGUUGGAUUAAACUAUUUCAAAGGACACAAAUUCAGAUCCAAAGUUAUUGUAGAAUUUGGAGUUCCUUAUGAGAUCAGCUAAUAAUUGAUUGAUACUUAUGCUAUCAACAAAAGAUAAGCAAUAAGUAAAUUAUUACUGGAAAUAGAAUCAGUAUUAAAUUUAACUCAUAUAGCAACUUAAAUCAGUAACCAUACAAGCUCCAAGUUAUUCUCAUUUGUCAGCAGUUAUUAUUGGAAGAUCUCUAUAUUUACCUGAUAGAACAAGACUUUCUCCUCAAGAUCUUCUUUAGCUUACAAAAAGGUUUAAUUCUGUAUUAUUUACUAGAUUUUUAUAGGCGUUUUACAAGUUAAAAGAGCAUCCCGAAGUCAAUUAAGUUUUGACUGAAAUCAAACUUUACAAUUAUAAACUCAAAGCCUUAGGUGUAAGGGAUUGGGAAGUUAUGAGAAUGCAAAAGAGAAUCUAUUUGGAUCUUUAGAUAAUUGGAUUUAAUAUUUUUAUGACAAUACUCUGUUUGCUCUUUGCAUUUCCUGGAUAUAUCAUGACCAUCCCAAUUACCAUUAUCUUGAAUAUGUAUGCAGAGAAAGAAAGGAAAACCGCAUUGGCUGGAUCUAAAGUUAAGAUAUCUGGUAAGGAUGUCGUUGCCUCAUUUAAAGUGUUAGCAUCAAUAAUAAUUGUCCCUAUUUCAGUUUUCAUUUACACAAUUCUAUUUUAUUUAUGGCUGACUGUUUAUAAGAUAGUAGAUGAAGAGCAUACUUUUAGAUAUACUAUAAUCUUUCUAUUGAUGUGGCCCCUUUACAUUACUGCAAUGAUUCGCUCUAAUGAUGGAUUAAUAAGACAUGCAAGAAAGGUGAAUAGUUAAAUCUUAUUCUAUCUAUAUGAGAAUAAGUAUAAAAAAUUAAAGAUACAAAGAGAAUAAUUGUAAAAUAAGGUACUAGAUAAUAUAUCCAUUAUUUUAGAUAAGAAAGUUGGUUGAUACUUUUGGAGAAGAGGUCAUUUAGGAUUUCAAUCAACAUAGAAUUGUCCAAAAAAGCUAAUUAGUAUCACCGAAAUCAGUAGCUGAAUUGGAUAUUUAGAAUGUAUUUGAGUCACUUUAAGAGUUGGGAAUUUGAUUCAUUUAAUAUUUAUACAUUUAAAACAUAUCCAUAAGAGAA